CCUAUGACGGAUGUCGUUGGAUUUUCCACAGAACCAAACAAGGCUCAUUUUCUUCUCUUUAGAUAACUCAUCCUUUUUCUUCCUUCCUCUCUCUGUGUUCUCCAGGUUUCUCUUACAGUUUCACAAACAUUGUUGAUUUAUCUCGAAGAGAAAAAGCCACUGAAUAGAGUGAGUGAAUGAAUUUUCUUUCCUUAAGUGGAGUUUGGAGCUUUAUCAGUGCAAAGUUUUGCUUUUCAAUUUUCUUUUUUUUUUCCCCCUUCCUUUUUUUGUGGGUUUUUUUUUUUUUUUUUUUUUUUUUUUUCAUUUUUAUGAGUGUUUUUUGCGUGUUUUCAAUAUAGGAAAAUACGGCGAAAAAUAAGCUUUACUAUGCAUGUCUUCAUGUGGGUAAAAGGUUUGAAUUGCUGUCAUCGUUAAUUGGCGCUUUCUAGAAACUUGUAGAUAAGAAAGAAAACUAAGCUACGGUUUUUUCAUUUUUCUUGAUCUAGUGAUUUCGUCUUUGUUAUUUUUGGCUUCGAAAAAUACGGUGUUUUUGUCCUGAGUUGUUAAUUAAUUUUGAAUUAAAAUUCUUCUGGGUGUUUCUUGUUUUCGAGAAAUUUCAGAAAAAAUAUUGAAAUGGGGUCAUCAGGAAUGUCAAUUGACGAGAUUGUCCAAGAAAUUAUGAGAAUUCAUGGAUCUUUACCGACUAGACCAUCCAUUGAUGAAGUUGAAGCUGCAAGAGAUUUAAUUGGAAACCUGGAGAAAGAAGAUCAGUUGAAAUUAGAUGCUAUUUCCAGGCAAAAUAAAAGGAAAGGUGUUCCAGAAGAACUGUUCAAAAUUUUACAAGAGAUGCAGAGAAACAUGGUUCAUUUUCAAAGUAAAGAACAAAAAAGGGACGCUUUGAAACUGUUAGAUCUUGAGAAUGUUUACUGUGUGUUCGACGAAUUGGUUCAAAGAGCUUCGAAAUGUUUGCCUUCUAAUAAUUCCAAUGGUUUAUCUUCGACGACUUCCAGCAGCAGCAACUUAAUUUCACCGGCAACGACCGCGACUGCGACUACGGCUACUUCUUCAUCGAGUUUUUAUAACGGGAAAUCGCCUGUUAAAGCGUCUGAACUGUAUAGUAGAGAUGACAGUUACUUGAAUAAGGCAAAAGCUACGUUUCUUGUUGAUGGAAUUGGUGCUGGGCUUCGAUCUGGAGAUGCUUAUUCAUCUGGCCCCAAAAUUGUUGAUUCCACCUUAAAGCCAGCAACUAGUGGUCAAGACGGUGAGAAAUUAAGUUUGAUUAAGCUUGCUAGUAUGAUUGAAGUUUCAUCGAAAAAAGGAAGUCGAGAGCUUAUGCUUCGGAGUAAAUUGUCCGAUCAAGUAGAAUGGAUUCCAGAUUCUAUAGGGAAGCUAUCAAGUUUGAUCACUUUGGAUCUGUCUGAGAAUCGAAUUACUGUCCUACCCACCACCAUAGGGGGGCUUUCAUCAUUGCAAAAGCUAGAUUUGCACUCAAACAAAAUUGUUGAGCUGCCUGAUUCCAUUGGAGAUCUGCUUAACUUGGUCUAUCUUGAUCUAAGUGGUAAUAACUUGAAGUUAUUGCCCGCGAGUUUUGCUAGGUUAGCUCGCCUUGAAGAACUUGAUAUGAGCUCUAACAGCCUGUCAGUACUCCCUGAGACAAUUGGCUCCUUAGUAAGUCUUAAGAAAUUGAUUGUGGAAACUAAUAACCUUGACGAACUUCCACACACUAUUGGUCAAUGUACUUCUCUCAAAGAGCUUCGUGCGGACUAUAACCGGCUUAAAGCUCUUCCGGAAGCAGUGGGACGAAUCGAGUCUUUGGAGGUUCUGUCUGUGCGUUACAAUAACAUCAGGCAAUUGCCCACAACUAUGUCAGCCCUUACAAGUUUGAAAGAGCUCAAUGUUAGUUUCAAUGAAAUCGAAGCAGUGCCUGAGAGCUUGUGCUUUGCUACUAGCUUGGUAAAGCUGAACAUUAGCAACAAUUUUGCAGACCUUAGAUCACUACCAAGGUCCAUUGGGAACCUUGAGUUGCUUGAAGAAUUGGACAUGAGUAACAACCAGAUACGAGUUCUUCCAGACUCAUUUAGGAUGCUCUCAAGUUUGCGGGUCCUUAAAACCGAUGGAAAUCCUUUGGAAGUGCCACCAGGAAACAUCCUUGAGAAGGGAGCACAGGCUGUUGUUAAAUAUAUGGGUGAUCUGGUUGCCAAUCGGGAUGUGAAGGCGCAACCCGUGAAGAAGAAGAAGAAAUCAUGGGCUCAAAUAUGCUGCUUUUCAACAUCCAACAAACGUCAGCGCAAUGGUACGGACCAUGUUAAUGCCUGAAGUGCUGCAGCUUCGAUACAAAUGUUUGAACAACACUAUCUAUAUCUGGGAUAUAAGGGUAACGCCUCACAUGCUCUGUGUUAUCCGUUGUAGGAAAUGAGCUGGAAGAUAGCUGCCAUUUCAGUUGAAUUCAACCAAUUUUGCCAGCGAAAUUCAUCAACUUUCUUGUUGUUCCAGAUCUUGCUCUAGUCAUUGCCACGUGUUUUUUUUAUUCUCAUUUUGUUUCAUUCUAUGUAAUUCUUUUAAUGCUCUUUGCUGUAUUCAGCUGUAAACUUUUCCUCGAUUAUGUAAAAUGAGAUGUACAAUCUAUCAUACCCGGCAGACGAAGAAAUUCUUAUCC